GCCGGUGCCCACUGCAAAUAAGAAAGCGAAGAAUGGCCGAGCCCGCGCCCGCACCCCGCGUCAACAAGGCGCUCAUGGCCUCGUACGUGAACCGCACGGUCGCCCUCGUCGGCAGCAUGGAGAGCUGGACGGGCAACAGCGCGAUCGUCAAGGCCUCGGACGGCGGCCUCGUCACCGUGAUCCCGGCGCCCGGCGCCGACUAUUCGAGCAAGUUCGUCGAAGUCAUCGGCCUCGUCCAGCCCGACGGAUCGCUCCAAGAAUUCAAGUGCACGAGCUUUGGCGACAACUUUGAUCUCGGCAACUACGACAAGCUCGUCGCGCUCAUGCAUGGCAAGUUCGCGCCGAUGUUUAUCUAACUCCCAUCUAUUCAUUUGCCGCGUCGACUAUGGUUUCGUGGGCGACGGGGGCGGGCAAUGGAGGGUGCUGCUUGAGGCCGACCAUGAGAGGCGCCACGGGCUUGACGCUGGCGACGUC